AUGCUGCGGCUGCGUCGCUCCAUCGCGCGCCCGCGCAGCAGCCUCUGCGCGCGGCUGCAGUCGUCCGCGUCAUCCGCGUCGUCCUCGCCGGCCAGGCCCAGCCAGACCUUCAUCACCACGCCCAUCUUCUACGUGAACGCGGCGCCGCACAUCGGCCACGUGCACUCGGCCGUGCUGGCGGACGCGCUGUCGCGCUGGUUCAAGGUCAAGCGGCACGACGUGCUGUUCACGACGGGCACGGACGAGCACGGGCUCAAGGUGCAGGAGGCGGCGGAAAAGAGCGGCACGACGGACUACAAGGCCUUCUGCGACGAGGUGUCGUCGCGCUUCAACGCCAUCUUCGACGAGGCCAACGUGGACUGCUCGCGCUUCAUCCGCACGAGCGACGAGGACCACCACGAGGCCGUGGCCGCCUUCUGGAGGACCAUCCGCGACAACGAACACAUCUACCUGGGCAACCACGAGUCGUGGUACUGCAAGUCGGACGAGAGCUUCCUCACGGAGAUGCAGGUGGAGGACAGGGAGGAGGCCGACGGGACGGUGAUUAAAGUGUCCAAGGAGAGUGGACACCCCGUCGAGAUGCUGCGCGAGGAGAACUACAAGUUCCGUCUCUCGGCCUUCCAGGGCCGACUGUUGCAGUGGCUGGACGAGAACCCGGACGUGAUCGUGCCCAAGUCCAGGUACAACGAAGUGCGUGCGGCGGUGACCAGCGGACUGAGGGACUUGUCGGUCUCACGCUUGAGCGAGAAGAUCCAGUGGGCAAUUAAGGUCCCAGAUGACGACAAGCACUGCGUCUACGUGUGGCUGGACGCGUUGACCAACUAUCUGACAAGCGCUGGAUACCCGGGUGACGUUGACCGCGCCUGGCCUGCGGACUAUCACAUCGUGGGCAAGGAUAUCCUGAAGUUCCACGCGAUUUACUGGCCAGCUUUCCUCAUGGCGGCAGGACUCCCGCUGCCGAAAAAGGUGGUGGCGCACGCGCACUGGACCGUUGGCAACGUCAAAAUGUCCAAGAGUCUCGGCAAUGUGGUGGACCCCCACGAGAUGCUGUCCAAGUACGGAUCGGACUUCGUGCGCUUCUUCUUGCUGAGAGAGGGGGUGCUCACGAACGACGGCGACUUCAACGCCGACACCCUUGAGGACCGUGUCAACAGCGAGCUCGCUGACACGCUGGGUAACCUGGUUUCUCGUAGCACCGGCAAGUCGGUUCUCGUGAAGGGAAUUGUGCCGAAGCGUCCUCAGCUUGAUCGCCUCACACCUGAAGACAAGGAACUUGUGGCAAAGGGCCAAGCUCUUGCCGCCAAGGUUGAGCAGCUAUUCGAUACGCCUGAUUUCGCGCGCGGUCUCGAAGAGAUCGUUUUCUUCCUCCACGACGUCAACCGGUACGCUAUGCCCUUCCUCGGAGGAACACCACUACAAUUCUAA